AUGGCCGCCAACUUAGUCAAGAAGCGAGAACUCGGAAGAACCCUUGGAAAACAUUGGCUACUAGAUCGACAAAGGGCGGUGACCGAUAAUCAAAAGCUAAUAAAAGACUACUACAGGAAGGUGAUUGCGCUCUACGACGUACUACCCAAAGACACAUACAAGAUGGACGAGAAAGGCUUUAUGAUGGGACACGCAGCCAAAGUGAAGGUUAUAUGCAAAGUAGGUCGGAAAAAUCCUAGGCUAACUAAUUCCGGGAACCGAACCUGGGUCACCGUCAUCGAAGCCAUCUCCGCAGUUGGUAUAGUAAUACUACCAAUGAUUAUUAAUCAAGGGACCGUGCACUAUAAAGGCUGGUAUGCGGGCGUAAAGACACAAGAUGUUGCCACUUUUGCAUACUCUCUAAAGGGUUGGACGGAUUCCAAAUUGGGAAUAGAUUGGUUGAUAAACAACUUCGAUCACUACACAUCAACAACUGACGGUGAAAGGUGA